CCUGAACGCGCUGCUCGCUCCCGCGCGUACAGCUCAGCAGCCGUGUGCUCGCUCUCGAACGCACGUUAACGGAAAGGAAAACAGUCCUCGCAGCCAAGGCCCCCCGCCUCUCCGCCGACCCCGUCCUCAGACCCGAACCUUCCGGACCGAGUCCGCUCCGCCUCCGCCCCCGAAGCGCCGCUCCUCAUCAUGGCGACAGCUGCGGUGUCGGCCUCCGCCGGCUGCGGCCCCAGCCCCGGCCCGGGCACGGAGCUGGUCCGCGGGCAGGCCUUCGACGUGGGGCCUCGGUACAGCAACCUGUCCUACAUCGGGGAGGGCGCGUACGGGAUGGUGUGCUCGGCGUACGACCGCGACAACAAGAUCCGCGUGGCCAUCAAAAAGAUCAGCCCCUUCGAGCACCAGACCUACUGCCAGCGCACGCUGAGGGAGAUCAAGAUCCUUCUGCGCUUCAAGCACGAGAACAUCAUCGGCAUCAACGACAUCAUCCGCGCGCCGAGCAUCGAGCAGAUGAAGGACGUAUACAUCGUCCAGGACCUCAUGGAGACGGACCUGUACAAGCUCCUGAAGACCCAACACCUGAGCAACGACCACAUCUGCUACUUCCUCUACCAGAUCCUACGAGGGCUCAAGUACAUCCACUCUGCCAACGUCCUGCACCGCGACCUGAAGCCCUCCAACCUUCUGCUCAACACCACCUGUGAUCUGAAGAUCUGUGAUUUCGGUCUGGCCCGUGUGGCGGAUCCCGACCACGAUCACACUGGUUUCCUCACAGAGUACGUGGCCACACGCUGGUACCGAGCUCCUGAGAUCAUGCUCAACUCCAAGGGCUACACCAAGUCCAUAGAUAUCUGGUCAGUGGGUUGCAUCCUCGCCGAGAUGUUGUCCAACAGGCCAAUCUUCCCUGGGAAGCACUACCUGGAUCAGCUCAACCACAUUUUGGGGAUCCUGGGCUCUCCGUCCCAAGAAGACCUGAACUGCAUCAUCAACAUCAAAGCCAGGAACUAUCUGCUGUCGCUGCCUCUGCGCUGCAAAGUGCCCUGGAACCGCCUCUUCCCCAACGCCGACCCCAAAGCUCUGGACCUGCUGGACAAGAUGCUGACCUUUAACCCUCACAAGAGGAUCGAGGUGGAGCAGGCUCUGGCACACCCCUACCUGGAGCAGUACUACGACCCCACAGACGAGCCCGUCGCUGAGGCGCCGUUCAAAUUCGACAUGGAGCUGGAUGACUUACCCAAAGAGACCCUGAAGGAGUACAUCUUUGAGGAAACGGCCCGUUUUCAGCCCGGGUUCAGGUCCUAACGUCUCUCAGGUGACCCCGCACAGGCGUCUGCACCCCCCCCCCCCCCCCCCCCCCUGUUGCUGUGAUGGAACCUUUUGUUUUGGGGGUUUUGUAUCCGCCCCCAUCCCCAUCGCCUGGAUUCCUCGGUCUGUCAUCAAUCCAGUCUGCUCAGGAACAGCAUCAAGAAUACCCCCCCUCUCUCUCUCUGUCAGAGUGGGAGGGGGGCUUAAAUGGGGGGUGCUUACAGUGUUGGGGGGGGGUCGUUGUUUCAAGCCAAGUUGAGGAAUGACGUGGUCUGUGUUUGUGUUUUUGUUUGUUUAUUUUUUGGGGGGGGGGUCCGCUGCUUUGCACAUUAUUCCUGAGAAUCAGUCCCACCUUGUCGCCCCGUUACGGGUUCUGGUUGUGAAACAUCCCAGUCUGCUGGUUUUAUGCAACAGAACCGACCUGGUUCCGUUUCUGGUCGAGUCCAAACCCGCUGGCUAAGUGGGGGGGGGGGGGGGGGUCAUGACGGGAAAAGAACCCUUUCACGUCCGUUUUUGCCUUAGCCACAAAUUUAAAACCCGUUUGAUCCGUGAGGACGCUGCCGUGCCCCCCACCCCCCAUGGUUUGGUGUCGCGCCACCCCCCGUCAGAAUCAGACUGUCCCCUCUGCAUGACUGUUAUCAGCUCCGUAUACAAAGACCACCAUGUUAAGUGCCACGGGGCGCCUCUUCACCCUUACCUGCGGGGGCGUGUCACUCUCCGAACACGCGGUGCUUUUUGUGUCCCGCCCCUUUCUGCUUUAGCUUCCUCACUGUAACCCCCCCCCCCCUGCAGAACAGCUGAUCCGAUGGAUAACCUGAAGGACUAAAUCCACCCCACCCCCGUUCUAAAAUGUUAGUUUGAUCCUGUUUGGACGAAACCAUCACCACGACUUUGUCCAGAACUUAGAGAACCGUUUGUGCUUAUAUGCCCCGCCCCUUUUCUUUUGGAGGAGAGGACGCUAAAGCUCUGCUGAAAUGCAAUCAAGCCAUAACAGAACCUCUGACCACGCCCACCUGUGAUGUCACAGCGUACCAACCCAGUGCGCAUGAGCGCCGCUGCUGCCGCGCCGGCGGAAGGAAAGCGGCUGAAGCCUGAAGGUCCUCCGGUGACCGAGUCGAAUAGUUCCAAACCUGAGUCGGUCCGGACCCCGCGGCAGCGGGUCCGAACCCCACGGCGGCGCCAGGUCCGGACGCUGCACGCCAGCCGUCUAUCAGGACUGACCCUAUUUUUUAGAGAUAUUUUUAUCGUAUUUUCUUGAACCCAAAACUAUUUUUGUUGCUUGAAGCCACAAACGCCGCGCGCGCGCCCGCCGGGACUCACCUGUAGAUACACGUGUUUGGGGGGAGGGGGGCAUUCAAAGCGAAAAAAAAAAAAAAAGCUCGUGAGUUUUUGUGCGGUGUAAGUGUCUGUGCCUUUUGAAGAAGCGGAGGUUUGGCGCGCAGCUCGUGGCGGUGACGUCACCCGCGGCGUUUUGAUCUCAUUUCUGUACAUUUCUAAAGGAUUUUCUCGCCACAGCUACGUGAUUUGUGACUGUACUGAAGAUAUGAAAACAUUUCUAUAUAUUUCCCUCGAGGCUUUUCUCUUUUUUUAAGUGCAGAUCUUUUCUGGUCAGAUGAAUGUUCUGUUUCUAUGAUCGGACACUAAUCUUCGUCUCUGGUGGAACUUCUUCAUUCUGUAGGUUUGGAUCAUUUCAAACGGUGUCGUGAACCUUUCGGACCGGGAACCUUCCCAUCCUGGUUGUGUUUCUGAUGAUGCGUGUUGCUGUUGUGUGAAGGAUUGAAUUUAAAGAGGCAUUUGUUAUUAAAGACUGACUGCUACCGCACACCUUUCUGUUUGCAACUCUACCGUGAUGACAUUUAAUAGACGUUCAUUAAAAACACUGUACCAACGUC